GCUAGUCUCUAGCUACCCCCUCACCCAGAACCGACCCUACCGACAAGCGCCGAAUUGUUUUGAUGAAUGCAGUAUACAAACAGCUGAGCUUGAUAGAAGGGAGGAAGGAAGGGUGUGUGUGUGUGGCAGCGACAGAAAGCUAGGUGAGAUCACCGUGCGAAGGCGGCGAAAGGACGCCCGAGACGGCGAGGCGGAGGCCGCUGAGUCGGAGACGAAGAGCGGGCGAGAACACGUCGCCAUCGACCUUCCCCUUCUCGCUCACCAGGCGAUGGCUUUUCGAAUGGAACGGAGACUAGCGAGGUCGAGGCCUCCCGUUUUCUGGGGUCGACGCUUUUCCAACUCCAAAUUGGGGGAACGAAUUCUUCUGCGAGGAGAGGAGCCGAGGAGUAGAUAAUGGCCACGGAAUUGCCAAGUGCGGACUGCGGAGACACCACAAGCUCAGCUAUGGAAGACGACGACGAUGGGAUGGCGACGCUGGAUUGGGCGGCCAAGCUGUCUGGCCCACCACUCUGACGAGGCUGCACUUUUCCGGGCGGGCUGGGUGGCUGGGCAACGGCCACGCGACGCGACGCGUGUGUGGGCCAGACCAUUCAGGUGGGAAUUAUUGGGCUGAGCCGUAUCUGUCCGAGGCCCACUUGUCUGACCUCGUUUCGUUGUCUUGUAUUGUAUUACUGGGCCGUUUUGCUGAAGAGACACACCCGCCGGCGACUAACAAAACCCUCGCCAGCCUUUCCCGUCCGCCGGCCGCCGCUAAUGGACGCCGGCGACGCCUCCACCGCGCUUGCCCUCACGGCGGCGGAACCAUCACCGCCGAGCCCCAACAGGAGGGGCAAGAGGCCGACCAACCCGCCCAAGCGCUUCGUGCACACCCCGAUCCCGCCUUCAAUCCUCUCGGACCCGACCCUGGCCGCCGCCGCCACCUCCCUCCUCCCGGCCAACUACAACUUUGAGCUCCACAAGACGGCGCACCGCAUACGGUCCGCGGCCGCUCGCCGCGUGGCGCUGCAGCUCCCCGAGGGCCUGCUCCUCUUCGCGCUCCCACUGUCGCACCUCCUCGCGCCCUACCUCGAGCCCGGCGCCGACAACGACGUCCUCGUCCUCGCCGACGCCACCUACGGGGCCUGCUGCCUCGCUGACCGCCCCGCCAGGGCGCUCGCCGCCGACCUCCUCGUCCACUACGGCCACUCCUGCCUCGUCCCCGUCACGGCCUCACUCCUCCCGGUGCUCUACGUCUUCGUCGAGAUCCGCGUGGACGCCGCCCGCCUCGCCGCCGCCGUCAGAGCCGCCUUCCCGGACCCAGCGGCCGCGCCCCGCCUCGCCAUCGCCGGGACCGUGCAGUUCAUCGCCGCGGUCCACGCCGCGCGCGAGAUGCUCACGGUAGAGGGCUACCACGACAUCGUCGUGCCGCAGGCGAAGCCGCUGUCCGCCGGCGAGAUCCUGGGUUGCACCGCCCCGACGCUCAAGAAGUCGGAGGAGGUGGGCGCCGUGGUGUUCGUCGCCGACGGGAGGUUCCACCUCGAGGCGUUUAUGAUCGCCAAUCCCGGGGUGAAGGCCUACCGUUUCGACCCAUUCCUCGGGGUUCUCGUGCUGGAGGAGUAUGACCAUGUUGGCAUGAAGCAGGCGAGGAAAGCGGCGGUGCUGGCGGCCAGGAAGGCCAAGAGCUGGGGAGUCGUACUUGGCACCCUGGGGAGGCAGGGGAGCACCAAGGUUCUUGACAGGGUGGUGGAGCAUUUGGAGGAGAAAGAGUUGGAACACACAGUGGUGCUCAUGUCGGAGCUUUCCCCGGCGAGGAUGGAGCUAUUUGGAGAUUCCAUUGAUGCCUGGGUGCAAAUUGCUUGUCCACGCUUGUCGAUCGACUGGGGGGAGGGUUUCAAGAAGCCAGUGCUGACAACGUUCGAGUUUGAUGUCGCACUGGGCUAUGUCCCUGGGUGGUGGGAGAAGGGGAGCAGGGGUUGCGGUAGUGAAUGUGGUGUUGGGUGUUGUUCAGGAUCAGGAACUCGUGGAAACUGCAACUGCAGUGAUGGGGAUUAUGGUGGUGACUACCCGAUGGAUUAUUAUUCGCAAGAUGGAGGUGAUUGGAAUAGCUGCUACAUGAAGAAGAAGCCAUCUACUGGCGAGAGGAAACUGCGGGUUCGGAUUGCAGGCAACGAAAUUCAAGCCGAGGAGAAGCGUGGGAAUCAGGAUUCUCGUGAGCUAGUCAGGUGAAUAGGGAUACCGAGAACAGCUUCAUGGCUCAAAAAGGAUUUUUGACACCAGGUUUUAGUGUGAUUGUAACGAUGUUUAGUUACCAGAGGGAAAAUCUUGUGACUGUACCUGUAUCGAUGUAUCCACCACCCCAUAUACUGUAAAUUUGUUACGUACAAUGUCUCAUUGUAAACAUCUUGAGAAGGUAUGAGGUGUUGUCAUACCCAUUGGUGCAACCAUCCAAUUAAGGCAUGUUCCCUUA